AUGGAACGAAUCUUUCGAUUUUUGAGUGGCAACGACGCAGAACGUCUUAUGUGCAUGUCUUACCAGCUGAAAGGAACCGCCGACUAUUGGUGGGAAGCAAAGCAGAAAACUAUGGCCCCGGAGCAGUUAGAUGAACUCACUUGGGAGCUUUUUAAGACUGCUCUGUGUGAAAAGUUCAUACCUAGAAGCUAUAGGAAAAAGAAGGAGAUGGAGUUUACCACUUUGAAGCAAGGAAAUAAAACUGUAGUGGAGUACGAUCGACUAUUCUACGAUCUGGCCCGCUAUGCACCGUAUAGAGUAGAUACGGAUGAGAAAAUGUCCGAGUUGAUUUGCGCCGGACUGCAACAAGAGAUAAGAGUUGUAUUGGCAAGUCAAACGGCACUUUCCUAUGCCGAGGCCUUGAACAGAGCUCUAGAUAUGGAGCUAGCAAUGCAACCGGAGAAAGCAACACACGCACCAACGCCUCCAUCAGCUCAAUACACGCAAGCAUCAAACACUCCCUACUCUAACCAAGGACAGAAAGGAAAACGCAAAUGGGAAAAUCGUGGAAAUGAGGGUAAAAAGCCAUGGCAAGGCCAGAAUGUUCAGCCUCCAUUCGUGAAGGGCGAUAAAUCAUUUUAUGGUGGACCAGCUACAUCACACCCCGGACACCGAGGGAUACCCCCUUGUCCUAAGUGCAACAAGUUACACACAGGAGUGUGCAGAGCUAGAAACACAAAUUGUUUCACUUGUGGAAAACCAGGGCAUUACUCGAGCCAGUGCCCCAACCGACAGCAGGGGAUGAGUGGAGGAAGACCCAAUCAGUUUCCAACCCCUCAGCUCAGGGCAAUGGAAGGAAUUCUUCCUCUACCUCAACCACUACAGCAACAACCUUUUCGCCGUCCAAACCAGCCUCAUAAGCAACUACCUGCACCGCAAGCAGGAAGACCACCGCAAUAUCAAAGGAUGUAUGCUAUCAAUCAGAAGAAUCAGGAUAAGAACCAAGGAAACCUAACAGUGCGAGCAGAGACGGAUAUCAUUCCAGCCACCAGGCGAGGAACCUACAUGUUUUUUUAUGCCAUCAAUAGAAAAUGGAAGAAGACACCUAUCAUCUCUGCAGUGCAAGCGAACAAGAUACUAAAAGAAAAAAGUGCGACAGCAUAUCUAGUAUACUUGAACCGAGAAGAGGAAGCACAAGUAAAGAUUGAAGAUGUACCUAUAGUGCGGGAGUAUCAAGACGUCUUCCCUGAUGUUCUACCAGGUCUACCCCCGAACCGACAAUUGGAAUUCACGAUCGAUUUAGAACCCGGAGCAGCACCAAUAUCCAAGGCACCAUAUAGGAUGGCACCAGCAGAAUUGCAAGAACUGAAGUUGCAACUACAAGAGUUGUUGGACAUGGGAUUCAUUCGACCCAGUGCUUCACCUUGGGAAUAA